GGGGAGCUAUUCGUCCCUGCAUGGUAACUUUGUAAUUAUUUGUGUCACUAAUCUCUAAAUUCCAGAGAUUCGCAAGCCUUGAAUCCCCUCUAAAUAUUCAGAAUACACAAAUUGAAAUCGAGUCACUUCAUGUCGAACUUAUGAAACGGAAUAAUAACUCUGCGAAGAUUUCAUCAGUACUCAUUUAACCAGUAUAUGAAUCCUGAGGCUCAAAAAUCCUUCCCUUUAUUUGGACAUUCAAAUGUUCAACUCCGCAUGAUUUUCCAGCUUUGCUUUUUUCUUCCUUCCCUGAACGUCAGAAUCAAGAGCUCCAUCAAAAACAAGACUUUCAUAAUCGACCAUAACAUCGAAGCCAACAUCCAAGAGAAACAUGCCUACAGUGGAAGAGUACUUCGGGCCCAAGCAGGGAGACUAUCCAGCAUCAGUACAAUCGGCAGCUUCAAGUGCGUCGUCACAUUCGAGAUCUAAAUCGUCCACCCAUCGAUCUUCUAAGAGUGCAGCAGCUUCACAUAUAAGACUUAAGUCUCAAGAUCCCAAGACUCAAACUUCCAACACACUUAUGGAUGACUACAACAAGAAAAGAAGACCUGGCGCUAGAAGCACGUAUGCGCAAUCCAGCAGUGGAUCUGUAGCUCCAAGCAAGUCGCGUACAGGCCGACUAACCAGACUUCUCAAGGGAGUUUCCAACAGCGAUGAGGGUUGCGGUAGCCAGGGAAGCGCCCCCAGCUCUGUGAGUUCGGGCUCUACGCGUUCCAGAUCAGCACGUUCCAGCUCCACAGCUCCUACCUCUGUACAUGAGUCCGAAUGCGGAUCCGUGGCUUACAGUAGUACUGACCAACGCGCCCGGAUAGAAUCAUGGCGCAAAGCUGUGGUUCCAUAUGAACAUCAACAAGCUUUAGUGCCAUACAAGCAGCCAACAAAGCCAGCAUCUACAAUAGAAUUUCCACAGCCCGAUAGCCGUAGAACUUUAUACAAGCCACUUGCAGACACGAAAGCUACAACCCACAGCGCUCUAGUUUUGCAUGGAUCGAGCCAACAGUCUUCAUCCGCCUCGCAAAGCGUCAAUCAUGCAACUGGAGUUGCACCUAAACGUCAAGCCAAAUCGAGAUCGGAAUAUGCUCAAUCGAGUUCCGGCAGGUCAUCCAGAAGCUCUCGUGCUAUGAGCACAGAUGGACGUCCCAGGGAGAGGCAAAAACGACGACUAACAAAAGGAUCCUCUCGUAGCUCCGACAUUCCACCUUCACCUCCACCUCCACCUCCACAAUUAAAAUUUAGAGGUGCUCCAGCUCCGGCUCCACCUCCGGGUCCACCUCCACCUCCACAAUCUAGAGGUGCUUCAGCUCCGGGUCAACCUCUACUAAGAUCAACAUAUGCUCCAAGACAUCCACAGAAACCGCCGCCAGUACCCCGACUAGAACUACCAAGGGGACCUGGUAUACCGCCAUCUCUCGAGUAUCGGCCGGACCCACCACGCCCUUUGUAUUGCCCACCAGAUCCUUUGCAUUUUCCGGUCAGACCAUUUUGUCCACCGCCAACUGAGAUGCCAAACUUUGAAGAAGAGAAUUUGUUGGCAAUGAAAAGCCUUGCUGAAGCUAAUGGGGAACUUGCAAUCGAAAUAGCGAGAUACAACAAUAAUGUAGAUGUUAUGCGUUAUCGAACCCCUAUGUACUUUCCUGGAUAUCCGUUUCUUCCGGGCCAUAGAAUUUAAUGAGAGGUGAUUAAUUUAAUUAUGCUAAGACAUAUCGUGGAGGAAUAGGAAUUCAUAAGUCUGGAGGGAGGAAUAGGAUAACA